CGUGAAAACUGUCACUCUGAAAUGCACAAUGCAGUAGGAUUGGCACCAACAGACGACGAAAAAGAUGGAUGUUGACGUGUCAAAAAACCUGGACGAUCUCGUUCAAAAAGUUUCGUUACACAAUCCGCUUCCUACAAUUAUUCAUGGAUACUCACUGCCUUUCAUAUUUUUGUACGGGUUGUGGUUUUAUUUAUGGGUUUUUGUUUACGGGGUUGAAGAGUAUCCAGAAGCAGGGUGGAUAUCAUUAGCCGGCAUAGGACUAAUCCAAGUUUUAGUUUCAUUGUCGUGUUACUGGUCCGUUCACAUCAGAACAUUUCUUACCUGUACAAGUACAUCUAAUCCAUUAGAAGCAAUUUAUGUUAAAGUGGUUCCAACUCCAAAUAAUGGUUCCUCUCAACUUGUUCCAAUUCAAAGAACGAAGGAUGUUGAAGGAAAAGUUGUGAAAAUUUGGUUCAUGUUUCAAAAAACAAGAUACAUUUGGGAUAUUGAAGAAAAGUGUUUUAAAGGAAUAGUAUUCCCAAUUGGUCAUAGUUACCAAGAAUAUUUGGAUUGGAAAGGAUAUCAAAGUGAUUCUGAUAUCAAAGAAGCUGAAAACAACUAUGGAAAAAAUGAGUUGGAAAUGGUUGUGCCUGAAUUCAUGGAAUUGUUUUUGGAGAGAGCCACUGCACCAUUCUUUGUUUUCCAAGUAUUUUGUGUUUGUCUUUGGUGUUUGGAUGCCUACUGGUAUUAUUCCAUCUUUACGUUACUUAUGUUGGUUGCUUUUGAAUGUACGCUUGUACAACAACAGUUGCGCAACAUGUCUGAAAUUAGAAAAAUGGGGAAUAAGCCAUAUAGUGUUCAGGUUUAUCGGAGUAAAAAAUGGCAAAUGAUCUCUAGCGAUCAACUAGUUCCUGGUGAUCUAGUGUCAGUGAGUCGCUCCUCUGACGAUUCUUUGCUCGUACCGUGCGACAUGCUACUUCUUCGUGGUCCAUGUAUUGUUGACGAAUCAUUGCUGACUGGAGAGUCAGUCCCACAAAUGAAGGAGCCCAUAGAGAAUUUGCCUGACGACCAAACAAGUCGUUCCUUGGACAUAGAAGAUGAAAGUAAACUCCAUAUAUUAUUUGGGGGAACUCGUAUCGUUCAGCACACUUCGCCCACCAAAACAGCCGGACAGCUGAAGUCUCCUGAUGGAGGAUGCAUUGCUUAUGUUCUUCGUAAUAGCUUCAACACAUCUCAGGGAAAGCUGCUACGUACAAUAUUGUUUGGUGUUAAACGUGUGACGGCCAACAAUCUGGAAACAUUUGGAUUUAUAGUUUUCCUUUUGUUUUUCGCCAUCUUGGCUUCUGGAUACUUGUGGAUCAAGGGAACAGAAGAUCCGGAUCGCAAUCGCUACAAACUGUUCUUAGAGUGCACGUUGAUUCUGACGUCGGUAGUUCCUCCUGAACUUCCUAUAGAACUAUCUCUAGCUGUCAACACCUCACUGGUUCAACUCACCAAACUAGGAGUGUAUUGCACCGAACCUUUCAGGAUCCCAUUUGCCGGCCGAAUCGAAAUGUGCUGUUUUGAUAAAACUGGAACUUUAACAAAUGACAAUCUUGUUGUUGAGGGCAUCGCUGGUCUCGAUGAAAACGAUCCAACUAUUGUACAAAGUUUAAAUCAAGUGCCGCUAGAGACUCUGCAAACCUUGGCCACUUGUCAUUCCCUCAUUCACAUGGACGAAGGCCUAGUUGGUGACCCACUUGAAAAGGCCACACUAACAGCUAUUGAUUGGACUUUGACCAAAGGUGACGCUUUGAUACCCAACAAUAAAUCGGUGCGCAGCCCAGCAUUGAAAAUUCAUCAAAGAUAUCACUUCAGCAGUGCGCUGAAGAGAAUGGCAGUUGUAGCUGGCUACAGCUUAUCAGGCUCCAUGGAAAUCAACUACAUAACCGCCGUGAAAGGAGCUCCUGAGACCCUAAGGUCUAUGUUCGUUUCAGUACCGUCCAGCUAUGAUGAGGUGUAUUUAGCCAUGUCUCGCAAAGGAGCCAGAGUUUUGGCCCUGGGAUACCGCAAUCUAGGAACAUUGAGUCAUCAAGCUGUCCGUUCAUUGAAGCGUGAAAAUCUUGAAUCAGAGCUUAAGUUUGCCGGAUUCUUGAUUCUCUCAUGCCCGAUGAAGAAAGACUCUCUCUCUGUUAUUCGAGAAAUAGUAUCGUCGUCACAUCGAGUCGUCAUGAUCACCGGGGAUAACCCUUUAACGGCCUGCCAUGUUGCCAAAGUGUUGAAGUUUGCCAAAAAAGAAUCUACUCUUAUUAUGACUUGUGUUGCGAAUGAGUGGGUGUGGCAAAGUGUUGACCAAGACUUGGAGCUCCCACUGAUACCGGCCGAUUUCAAACGAUUCACAUCGGACCACGUGCUUUGCAUAACGGGUUUAGGCCUCGCUCAUUUGUACAACGCGAUUCCCCAAUUUUAUCACCGGGUUUUACCCCACAUCCGCGUAUAUGCCAGAGUCAAUCCUAAACAAAAAGAACUGAUUAUUACUUCUUUGAAUGGGCUAGGCUACACUACUCUAAUGUGUGGAGACGGGACCAAUGAUGUAGGAGCAUUGAAACAUGCUCAUGUUGGUGUGGCCAUUCUUUCUCAUCUCCCGGAGCUGACGUCGAAAUCGAAGAAAUCGGAAGACAAGUCAAAAGAAAAAGAAGUCAACAACGAAGGCCACGAGAAAAGUAAAAGACUCGUCUCGCGUCAUGGCGACAAAGGGCGGCCCAUCCCUGGUUCUCAUGAUGUCGCCUUGGACCCUCGUCUGGAACGUUUAAACAGGGCGCAAGUUCAGCUCCAGCAAAUGAUGAAAGAUAUGGAAGAACAGGAACGGGCCCAAUUAGUCAAGUUAGGAGACGCAUCCAUCGCUGCUCCAUUUACAUCGAAAAUGAGUUCUAUCCAAAGCAUUUGCCAUGUCAUCAAACAGGGUCGCUGCACGCUCGUAACCACUUUGCAAAUGUUUAAAAUCCUGGCACUGAACGCUCUUGUAUUGGCUUAUAGUCAAUCUGUUCUUUAUCUAGAGGGUGUCAAAUUCAGUGAUGGGCAAGCAACUUUGCAAGGUUUACUCUUAGCCGCUUGCUUUUUAUUCAUUUCUCGAUCAAAACCACUGAAGCAUUUGUCCCGAAAUCGACCCUUACCUAAUAUUUUCAAUUCUUAUACCAUUUUGACUGUAUUACUUCAAUUCUUGGUUCAUUUUUCAAGUUUAGUGUUUUUGGUCCAGCAGUCGUCCAUACGUCUACCACCAAGAGAAUCACCGUUUCCUGAUCUAGACAAAGAAUUUGAACCGAAUUUGCUGAACAGUACAGUAUACAUAAUUAGUAUGGCUCUUCAAGUUUCAACGAUCGCAGUCAACUAUCGUGGUCAUCCCUUUAUGGAAAGUCUGAAAGAGAAUCGCGUUUUGCUUUACAGUCUGAUAGGGACAGGAUCCUUUAUACUUGGUUUAGUUCUCGGUUUUUUCCCAGAAAUUAAUCAAGAGUUUGGAAUUGUGGAUUUUGAAACCGAAUAUCGCAAUCUUCUCGCAGGAGUUCUCUUAGCUGAUUUUGCUCUUGCUUUCCUUGUAGAUAGAAUUUGUUUGUUCAUUUUUGGCGAAGGGAAACUAAAAAUUGCAAUUGACUAAAAGUGUAGACCCUAUAAGACAAAUACAAAUGAACUACGAACUA